CCCCCCCCGCCCUGCCCCCGUUGCCCAGCCCACCGCCUCCGCGCCUCCCCUUCGCUGGUAACAUCCGUGAGCUCCAUUCUACCCCUCCUCCUCGUCGGAAUCCCAUCCCAGAUCUGCAAUCGCCCUUUCGCUGCUGCUCCAUCGGUCACCCUGACCGAACCGAGGUUUGAGUGAAGUUGAGUUGGUGAGUGGGAUUGCCUGCUGGGGAUCCUGUGGAAUUGGGAGAUGCUCAGCACUUCCACAGACUACUUGCACUCCGGUGGCAACGACAUCAAUGGAGGCAAUGGCUCCAGACCACUCGGGAGGGAGUGCGUUUCAUGGACCGAGGAAAUGAGCGGAUACCUCAUCGACGCUCUUCUUCAUCAGCAGGUCAUCGGGAACAGGACCGCCGAGGGCAGGUUCCACACAACCGCCUUUGACAAUGUCAUCAACUUGGUCUCUGGUAAAUUCGGGGUCAACAUCGACCGCUCGCACAUCAAGAACCGUCUCAAGCAUGUGAAGGAUACCUUCCAUGAAUGUGAGAGUCUCUUCGGUAAGGAGAGCGGCAUAAAGUGGAACCAGGGCACCAGGAGGUUCCAUGCCGACCCACAAGUUUGGAGAGAAUUUAUUGAGAGAAAACCAGAAGCAAAGAGAUGGAUGACGAAGACUAUCAACCAUUACGAUAGGUUGUUAGAAUUAUUUGGCAAGGAUAGGGAGAGAUCUCCAGCGGUCUCGAGUCCAAAAGUUAAUCCGAAACAGAAGGCACAAAUAGAACCAUCAAAAGAGAGACCUCCGGACAAAAAGGUGCGAGUUGAACCGCCAAAAGAGAGAUCUGGACGUCAAUGGAUGCCAUCGGAUGGCUUGCAGUUAGACGUUGUCCAAAGUUCAAAUCAACCGCUGAAUGCAGGCGAGGUGCGUGCUGAGGUGGUAACAGAAAAAAACAUACCCAGGGAACUUCAUUUAUCAGAAUUGUGCAGAAGUGAGAAUGGCCUUGUUGCUAUACCUGUUUGUGCUAAUGCUUAUGGUAAAGGUUUACCCUAUGCACCUGAAAAUUGGCCACUUGAUGGGGAUGAAUGGUACUGGAAAGUGGGAAACAGAUCUGCUGCGGGAGGGCACUGGGUUGACAGGUAUCUUAUUCCGCCCUCUCGUUUUCGUGAUGCUACUGGCAAGAAGACAUCAUUCACUAGUAGAUUAAAAGUUGAAGAAUUUAUCAAGAAAGACUUUCCAGAUGUUGACCCUAGUACAUUCUUUUCUAAGUUUAUUUGGAAGAUUCCUGCUGAAGAAAGCAUUAAUCAAAGAGGAACUCAGCAAGUUAGACUCCAUGAACCCGAAAGUGGCUUUCCUGAUCCAGCGGGACCAUGCAAGGCUCGGAAUAACUCAUGCAAUCUUGAGAGAGAAGGAUUUAUUGAAUCAUCAGCACUACAUGAUUGUCAAAUCUGCUGCCCAGAGCCUAAUUUCUGUCGUGAAUGCUGUUGCAUUCUCUGCGGCAGAGUUGUUGACAAUUCCUUUGGAGGCUAUAGCUACAUAAAGUGCAAGGAAGUUGUGAAAGAUAACUAUAUAUGUGGGCAUGUAGCGCAUCUUGAUUGUGCUCUUCGAUGUUACAUGACUGGAACUGUUGGAGGAACAAUUGGCUUGGAUGUGCAAUAUUACUGCAGGUGGUGUGAUAAGAAAACUAACUUGAUGAUGCAUGUGGAGAAACUCUUGGAAACAUGCCGAUCUCUUGAAUCAAGGGAUGAAAUUGAGCCUAUCCUGAAUAUGGGCUUAUGCAUCUUGCGUGGUUCAGAGCAAGCAAAAGCAAAAGACUUGGAGAACUAUAUGGGGUCAGCUCUGGCAAAGAUGAAAUCUGGGGUUGAUCUUGCUGAAGUCUGGAAAAUUGAAAAUGGUGAUGGCAUGUCAAUACCGAGUUCAGGAGAACUUUCCCCACCUAUUACUGAUGUCACAUUGCUAGGCGUUGAGCAGAAGUACCCAUAUCUAAGUGAUCCACUGGCUGCUAAUGAAGCUGUCGAAAACCUUCCAAUUUUCAUUACUGGUGAUCACAACGUUAUGUCUGCCAAAUUUGAGAAUGAGAUAGACCGGGCCCUUCUAGAACUGAAGAGAUCUCAGGAAGCAGAAUUCAGGCUGGCAGAGCAGAGGCUCUAUUCCCAGAGAGAUUACAUCCUCAGUCUGUACCGGCAGCUUGAGUCCGACAGGUCCGAGCUUGCAGAUCCUAAGCCCUUAUCCGAUAGUUCAAGAUACAACGUGCUUGUCUCCAAUAUUACUACCCUGGUGAAUCAGGCGAAGCGUGAGGAGGAAAAGUUCAAGGCCAUGCUGAAAGUUUCUAAAGGAUUCGGCAAAACAUCGGCAAAGGUCGUCCAGGAGCAUUUUGGGUUAUCUGCUGAUUAGUUCGAAGUUCGACUAGUUUUAACUUAGAUACCGUAGUUUACCAUAUACCGUACUUGGCUUUGUUGUUGUACCGUUGUACUUGUAGCGGUUGUAUAUCCUGCUCUUAGGAUUAUUUUCCCUAGGGUGCUGCUCUCUUCAGCCCACACCAUAGGAUCAGUCGCUCCCAUGUCAAACAUUCCCUCCAACAUUUAGUUUACUAGUUUGCACUUACAUCUGGUGAUCAUUGUGUUGGUCUUUUUUUCCACUUA